AGGCAAAAGAAACAAAACAAGAAGAAAAAAAGUAAACCCUUUAAGUGAGUCUUCUCCGAGUAUACUCUCUCUCAAGGUUUCCCCCCUUUCCAGCGUUGUGAUUCCACUCUUUCGGUUUUCUCUCAGUUUCCCAGUAACCAAACAGGAAAACCACUCAAAUCUCUCAGUUAUCUCCGUCCUUAAAUCCACCAAAUGACUGACGCUUCCGAGGAAGCCAAGCAAAUCGAGAAGCUCUAUGAGUUCGGCGAACGCCUUAACGAGGCCAAGGAUAAGUCUCAGAAUGUGAAAGACUACGAAGGAAUCAUCGAUGCCACGAAAACAAGUUUAAAGGCGAAGCAGUUGGCUGCGCAGCUAAUUCCUCGCUUCUUCAAGUUCUUCCCCAAUCUGUCCAGCCGUGCUCUCAAUGCGCAUUUCGAUUUGAUUGAAGAAGAAGAUUUGGCGGUACGGGUGCAAGCAAUUCGGGGGCUUCCUUUAUUUUGCAAGGAUACAAAGGAAUAUAUUUCUAAAAUAGUUGACAUUUUAGGGCAACUCCUUACUGCUGAGGAGAUUGUGGAGCGAGAUGCUGUCCAUAAAGCCCUAAUGUCUGUAUUGAGGCAGGAUGUGAAAGAGUCCUUGACAGCCCUAUUCAAGCAUAUUUGGAGUGUUGAGGACCCAAGUCAAGAUGACACUAUUCGUGACAAGGUCUUGUGCUUUAUAAGAGAUAAGGUUUUUCCUCUUAAAGCUGAACUCUUGAGACCUCAGGAGGAAAUGGAAAGGCAUAUAACAGAUUUGAUUAAAAAGAGUUUAGGAGAUGUAACUGGAGCCGAAUUCAGAAUGUUUAUGGACUUCUUAAAAAGUUUGAGCAUAUUUGGGGAGAAAGCUCCUCCUGAGCGCUUGAAGGAACUUAUUGGAAUAAUUGAAGGGCAGGCUGAUUUAGAUGCACAAUUUGAUGUUUCAGAUGCAGAUCAUAUUGACAGGUUGAUAUCAUGCCUGUUCAUGGCUCUGCCGUUUUUUGUGAGGGGUGCAUCUGGCAGCAAGUUCCUCAACUACAUAAACAAGCACAUUAUACCUGUUUUUGAUAAGCUUCCAGAGGAACGAAAGCUAGAUUUGCUCAAAGCAUUAGCAGAAAUUUCACCUUACACAACACCACAGGAUUCACGCCAGAUUCUUCCUUCUGUUGUUCAGCUUUUGAAGAAGUACAUGCCUCGGAGGAAGACUGGAGAAGAAAUGAACUUUACCUAUGUUGAAUGCUUGUUGUUUGCAUUUCAUCAUUUAGCUCACAAGGCUCCCAAUGCCUUAAAUAGUUUAUGUGGUUACAAGAUUGUGACUGGUCAACCAUCAGAUAGGCUUGGGGAGGACUUCUCAGAGUUUUAUAAGGACUUUACUGAGAGAUUGAGUAAUGUUGAAGACCUAACUAGGGCCACCAUGAAGAAAUUAACUCAGGGAAUGGCUGAGCACAACAAAGCUAUGGCAGCUGCUAAGUCUGAUGAAGCAAAGGAUAGCAUUAAAACUCAAAAGCAGAAUACUACAACUGGGUUGCGUACCUGCAAUAACAUUCUAGCUAUGACAAAGCCCUUACAUUCAAAAACACCUUCAUUUAUUGGAGAUAAGAGUGUCAAUCUCUCUUGGAAAGAAGUUAUAAAACCUUCUGUGCCUUCCGGUUCAACUUCAACUGGGGUGAAGCGACCUGCUAAUGCUUCUAAUGGAUCCAAUAAUAUGUCAACAAAGAAGGGCCGUGGAGCAGGUGGCAUGCAAAACCAGCUAGUUAACAGAGCGUUGGAAGGUAUAUCUUACGGUGGGAGGGGUGGUGGUGGUAGAGGCAGGGGGAGGGGUUGGGGAGGACGUGGAAGAGGAAGAGGCUACCGGUAGUUUGAUGCAUGAAACAGAGUAAAAUGAGGAUCAAAAUUUGGAGAAUCUGUUUGCACCUGAAGAAUAUGAACAGAAGUCAUUGAUGUGUUAAACCAACUCUUUUCAGGACAAGUUUUGUUUGAUAGAGGAUGCUGAUGAGUUUCUAGAUUCAUUGUGGACUAACAACAGCCAUUGUAGUCCUCUGGAGAUUGCUUUAAUGUUGAUUGGAUAGGGUUAGGGAUUUGAGUUCCCAAUCCUAUUCAAGUUAGUGUAUUUGAGGAACCAUUGCACGCUUGUUAGAGUGUGUGGAGGGCUGUAUCUUAGUGACAGUUAAUUUCUCAAGGAUGAUUUUUCAGACCUGAUUAUGUAGAAUGUGACUUAAUUUCUUAAGUUAAUAGUGAACUUAAAUAA